CAGGAAAACGAGAGAGUAUUGACAGUUGACUUGAUUGAAUGUAUGAAUGUAAAUUUUGCAAUGAUGAGUCGUGCAUUGCUUCCGAAACACGUUGCCGCCGUGGUGAAAACCCAAAAGGAUCCUCUGAAAGCGCUCGAGAUGUUCAACUCGGCGAAAAGCGAGGACGGCUUCAAGCACACGGCGUUAACGUACAAAUGCAUAGUCCAGAAGCUCGGCCACCACGGCGAGUUUGAAGAGAUGGAGAAGCUGCUUUCGGAGAUGCGAGAUAGCGUCAACAACGCGCUUCUGGAAGGAGCCUACAUCGGAGCUAUGAAAAGCUACGGCAGAAAAGGGAAGGUUCAGGAAGCGGUGGACACGUUCGAACGCAUGGACUUCUACAACUGCGACCCCUCCGUUCAUUCCUACAACGCCAUCAUGAACAUUCUCGUCGAGUACGGCUUCCAUAACCAGGCCCACAAAGUGUACAUGAGAAUGAGAGACAAAGGGCUGGAAUCUGAUGUGUACACGUACACCGUAAGGAUCAAGUCUUUCUGUAGGACUCGUAGGCCUCAUGCUGCUCUCAGGCUCCUUCGAAACAUGCGUGAUCUUGGGUGUGAUUCAAAUGCUGUGGCCUAUUGCAAUGUGGUUGCUGGUCUUUAUGAUUCUGGCCACUGUGAUCAGGCACGUCAGUUGUUCGAUGAAAUGCUUGCGCGGUGUUUGUGUCCCGAUGUUGUCACGUUUAAUAAGCUUGUGCAUGUGCUUUGCAAGAAGGGUCUUGUUUCUGAAAGUGAGAAGCUUCUCAACAAGGUUUUCAAGAGGGGGGUUUGUCCCAAUUUGUUCACUUUUAAUAUAUUCGUUCAAGGGCUUUGUAGGGAAGGUGAUCUUGACCGCGCUGCUAGGUUGUUGGCUAGUGUGUCGAGGGAAGGACUGUGUCUUGAUGUUGUUACUUAUAAUAUAUUGAUAUGUGGGCUUUGUAGGAAUUCGCGGCUUGUGGAGGCGGAGGAGUACUUGCAGAAAAUGGUGAAUGAAGGAUUUGAGCCUGAUGGGUUUACUUAUAACAGUAUUAUUGAUGGAUACUGCAAGAAGGGGAUGGUGCCAAAUGCGAAUAGAGUGCUGAAGGAUGCAGUUUUUAAGGGUUUUAAGCCUGAUGAGUUUACUUAUUGUUCCUUAAUUAACGGGUUUUGCCGGGAUGGUGACCCUGAUCAAGCCAUGGCAGUCUUUAAGGAUGGACUGGGAAAAGGUUUAAGGCCGAGCAUUGUUGUUUACAAUACCUUGAUUAAAGGGUUGUGUCUUCAGGGUCUUAUUUUGCCAGCUCUGCAAUUGAUGAAUGAGAUGGCAGAAAAUGGUUGUCAACCUGAUAUAUGGACUUAUAAUGUAGUGAUAAAUGGCUUGUGCAAGAUGGGUUGUGUGUCUGAUGCUAAUCAUCUUGUCGAUGAUGCUAUUGCCAAAGGGUGCCUCCCGGAUAUAUUUACCUAUAAUACUAUAAUUGAUGGCUACUGUAAACAGUUGAAGUUAGACAAUGCAACUGAGAUAGUAAAUAGAAUGUGGAGUCAGGGAAUGACUCCUGAUGUUAUUACAUACAAUACCUUGUUGAAUGGGCUCUGUAAGGCUGCUAAAUCUGAAGAAGUAAUGGGGAUUUUCAAGGCAAUGGAGGAGAAGGGAUGUGCUCCAAACAUUAUUACAUACAACAUUAUUGUAGAGAGCCUUUGCAAAGCUAAGAAAGUAAAUGAAGCUGUAGAUUUGCUUGGGGAUAUGAAAAGCAAGGGUUUGAAACCUGAUGUUGUUAGUUUUGGCACGUUGAUCACUGGGUUCUGUAAGAUUGGGGAUAUUGAUGCUGCUUACCAGUUAUUUAGAAGGAUGGAAAAACAAUAUGAUGUUUGUCAUACAACAGCAACAUAUAAUAUUAUAAUCUGUGCAUUUUCUGAACAGCUCAAUAUGAAUAUGGCCAUGAAGCUCUUUUCUGAGAUGAAGGACAACGACUGUGACCCAGACAACUAUACUUAUCGGGUUUUGAUUGAUGGCUUUUGCAAAAUGGGAAAUGUUACUCAAGGAUACAAUUUUCUUUUGGAAAAUAUUGAAAAGGGGUUUAUUCCAUCACUAACGACAUUUGGACGGGUUUUAAAUUGUCUUUGUGUAAAGCACAAGGUUCAUGAAGCUGUUGGUGUCAUCCACCUUAUGUUACAAAAGGGUAUUGUUCCAGAGACUGUAAAUACAAUUUUUGAAGCUGAUAAAAAGGUGGUAGCAGCACCUAAGAUUGUUGUAGAAGAUUUGUUGAAGAAGGGCCAUAUAACUUAUCCCACUUAUGAACUACUAUAUGAUGGUAUAAGAGAUAAAAAGAUACUUAAGAAAAGACUCCCAACUGUGAAUUCUCUUCAUCGAGGGGCCAAAUCACCAGCUAAUGCAAGCCAUGGUCAGAAGUUUUGGUCCAGCUGCAGUGUGGUUUUCUCCGUGACAGGUAGUGUGGCUAUGUCAAUGGGUGCUCCAGAGCGGUAUCAACUGCGACACAAGUACACUCGGGAAGGAAUGGAAGAAGGAUGGGUUUCUCUGCUGAGCAAGUGCAGCAGCCUGAAAGCCACGAAGCAAAUCCACGCCAACAUCUGCAAAACCGGUCUUCACACAGACCCUUUCGUCUUCGGCAAGCUCCUUCUCCACUGCGCCAUCUCCAUCACGGAUGCUCUCCACUACGCUCUCCGUCUCUUCCACCACUUCCCCAACCCUGACACCUUCAUGCACAACACCCUCAUUCGCGCACUCUCCCUCUCCCAAACCCCUCUCCUCUCCCUCCACCCCUUCAUCCAACUGCGUCGCCAACCCACCCUCUUCCCCGACAGCUUCUCCUUCGCCUUCGCCCUCAAAGCCGUCGCCAACUCCCGCCACCUCAGCCCUGGCAUUCAGCUCCACUCCCAGGCCUUCCGCCACGGCUUCGACGCCCACAUCUUCGUUGGAACAACGCUGAUCAGCAUGUAUGCCGAAUGCGGUGAUGCCGGCUCCGCGCGCCGGGUGUUCGACGAAAUGUCUCAACCGAAUGUUGUUGCGUGGAACGCUGCUGUCACCGCGGCUUUCCGUUGCGGCAACGUGGAAGGCGCGCGGGACGUGUUUGGGCGAAUGCCGGUUCGGAAUUUGACUUCCUGGAAUGUGUUGCUUGCUGGUCACGCCAAAGCAGGUGAGCUUGGGUUGGCGAGGAGGGUUUUUGUUGAGAUGCCUCUGAGAGAUGAUGUUUCUUGGAGCACUAUUAUUGUUGGGUUUGCUCAUAAUGGCUGCUUUGACGAGGCUUUUGGGUUUUUCAGGGAGUUGCUGCGCGAGGGAAUUGGGAUAAAUGAGGUGAGCCUCACUGGGGUGUUGUCUGCUUGUGCUCAAGCUGGGGCUUUUGAUUUUGGGAAGAUUUUGCAUGGGUUUGUGGAGAAAGCUGGGUUUCUUUAUGUUGGUUCUGUGAACAAUGCUCUCAUAGAUACCUACUCCAAGUGUGGGAAUGUGGCUAUGGCCAGGUUGGUCUUUCAGAAUAUGCCGGUGGCAGCGAGGAGCAAUGUGUCUUGGACAUCGAUAAUAGCGGGACUUGCGAUGCAAGGUUAUGGAGAAGAGGCAAUACAGCUUUUUCAUGAGAUGGAAGAGUCUGGAGUUAGGCCAGAUGGUAUUACUUUUAUAUCGUUGCUGUAUGCUUGCAGCCAUAGUGGCUUGGUUGAGGAAGGGUGUGGUUUUUUUUCUAAGAUGAAGAAUUUGUAUGGUAUUGAACCUGCCAUUGAGCAUUAUGGUUGCAUGGUUGAUUUGUAUGGUCGAGCUGCUAGGUUGCAGAAGGCCUAUGAAUUUAUAUGUGAAAUGCCAGUUUCGCCUAAUGCCAUCAUUUGGAGGACUCUCCUUGGGGCUUGUAGCAUUCAUGGUAAUAUUGAAUUGGCAGAGCUUGUGAAAGCGAGGCUUGCUGAAAUGGAUCCGGACAACUCUGGUGACCAUGUACUGCUCUCAAAUGUUUACGCCAUUGCAGGGAAAUGGAAGGAUGUUGCCAGCAUAAGAAGAACCAUGACUGAACAUAGUAUGAAAAAAACUCCUGGUUGGAGCAUGAUUGAACUAGACAAGGUCAUUUAUGGUUUUGUGGCUGGUGAAAAGCCUAACGAGGUUACGGAGGAGGCUCAUGAAAAGCUGAGGGAAAUAAUGUUGAGACUCAGAGCUGAAGCAGGUUAUGCACCACAGCUAAAGAGUGUUCUGCAUGAUAUUGAAGAGGAAGAAAAAGAAGAUUCGGUUUCUAAGCACAGCGAGAAGCUUGCUGCAGCUUUUGGAAUAGCAAAACUUCCCAAGGGAAGGAUAUUAAGAAUUGUGAAGAACCUGAGAGUUUGUGGGGACUGCCAUACUGUGAUGAAGCUGAUUUCUAAAGUUUAUCAAGUAGAAAUUAUUGUGAGAGAUAGAAGCCGCUUCCACUCAUUCAAGGAUGGAUCUUGUUCUUGCAAAGAUUACUGGUGACAGAGGUCAGGUGAUUGAUCAAGUAGUUUAUCUUGACUUGACUGCUUUUGUUUACAACGAAAAUACACAAGUUAAUUGUUUCCUGAUAUUCACCAAUUUGACUGAUCUGGAUAGCUCAAUGCUGACAUCACAUGAUGGUCUAAUAAAAUUGCUACUAGAGAAGCAUUUAGUUGUUCAGUCAACUGUCAAGUGGUUUUUCUGCCAUUACUGGAGAAGUAUGGUGAAAUGGUAAUGGCCAUUAAUUGAGAAGUAAUGCAGCCAAUAACUACUGGUCUUUCUACAAUCAUUCCUCUAGAGCACAGACACCUAUUGGAAGAAAGAAAAAGAGAAGUGAAAAUCAUGAACCAACAAAAUCAUGCAAACUGGAGGGGAGCAACACUUUAUUGAGGUAUUCAAAAUGCAACGAUUAUGGUCACAACAAAAUUAAUUGUCAAACCAUGUCUUUACAUUCACUAAGACAAAGAAACAAGGAAUGUUUCGAUCCGUUGAUGGACGAGCUGCUUAAGGCCUCCCAAAUACCAUGCCACUUAGAUUUUCCAGCAAUUUCAAUUCUUCAUGGUGAUAAUGAUCGCCAUAGUGAUUUUUUUGCAGAAGUUGUUGGACCGGGAGAGGUUGUUGUCGUAACAGAACUUGGUCUCUUGGUUGUGGCAGCGGAAUCUCUGCUGGUAGUGGUAGAGGCAGAUUGUAGUUGUAGGAACUUUUUCAUUCAAAAGGUGACGAUGAAACUCAUUGCAACGGUUUAGUGAACAUAGUUCCAUGGCCUUGACACCUAUAGUUGAAUUAUAAACAAAUUUUCCAUUACCUUAGUAAUGAUAAUUAAGACCUUAAGCUUGCUGGUCAGCUUUGAUUCUUUGUUUUAUUGGAUUCCUCUUUUUUACGAUUAUAAACCAAUUGGUAUGUUUACUUGUGA